AUGGCUGCUUCUACAAAAGAGCAGCGCGAGAGUUCCCCGUUUGCUUCAAGAGUCCCCACUUCUUCUUCCCUUCCUUUACGAAUGGUCAGAUCCUCGUCGCUCAUUUUACUAGCUUUGUACGCCGUUGGUGGCGGGAGUGCAAAAACUCCGAAAUACAAGGACCCCAAAGCCUCUGUUGAUGACCGUGUCGCAGAUCUUCUUCCUCGGAUGACGAUCGAGGAAAAGGUGGCCCAACUUAUCCAGGAUGGAUGGACUUCUCAGACGUUCCUGAACUUUUCCAGUCCUUUGGACAAUACCCUCACUCACAACCAAACUGGCUUGGAAGCAAUGAUGAGUAUCAAGGCAGGCUCAAUCUGGGGCGGUUACUCCGCAACUUUUGAGAAAUUCGUCUACGGAGUGACUGUUGGGCAGAAAUAUCUCAUGGAGAAGACCCGACUUGGUAUUCCUGCGUUGAUCGAUUCUGAAGGUCUGCAUGGCUUCACGAAUAACGGAACAAUCUUCCCAUCGCCAUUUGCUAUGGCAUGCUCCUUCAACCGGGCCGCAGUCCAAGCCGCUGGGAAGACAGUCACUGAUGAAGCAGAGGGCCUUGGUAUUACCCACAUCUUUGCCCCAGUCCUUGACCUCGCUCGCGAGCUGAGAUUUGGUCGUGUGGAGGAAGGAUUCGGAGAAGAUCCUUUCCUAACGGGGGAAAUGGGCAAAGCAUACGUUACCGGAUUGCAAGCAGGAGCUCGACGCAACACAUCCUCCACGGCAAAGGCUCGUGUCGCAGCAACCUGCAAGCACUUUGCAGCUUUCGGCUCCCCUCAAGGAGGCCUCAAUCUAGCCCCAGUGGCGGGUGGUGAGAGAGAGUUGCAGACCACCCAUAUCCCUCCCUUUGCAAAGGCCUGCUCGGAUGCAUUGUCUAUCAUGACUGCUUACUCGAGCUAUGAUGGAAUUCCUGCGGCUUCCAAUAAACACCUUCUAGUUGAUAUUUUACGAAAGCAGUUGGGAUACAAGUACAUGGUCACCACGGAUGCAGGAGCCGUCAGCUUGUUACACACUAUGCAUCAAGUUUCGAGUGGAUAUGAAGAGGACGCUCGCCUUGCGGUUCAAGUCUAUCAAACGCAGAUGGGCGGUGAUGCCUUCUAUCCAUAUCUGACACUCGUUGAUCAGGUGAAGAAGGGUCUCAUCAACGUUUCCUAUAUCGACAAGACGGUCGAAUACGUUCUUCGCACCAAAUUCACUCUGGGUCUCUUCGAAAACCCAUAUCCGUAUCCCGACUACGCAAAGAACAUUCGUUCUGCGGCAUCGAAACAGUCACUACUCGAUAUAGAGCGGGAGUCCAUCGUACUUUUGGAAAACCGUAACAAACUACUCCCACUCAAGAAGACAGGCUCCGUUGCACUCAUCGGCCCCUCGGCAAACAAGGUCAUCUUUGGUGAUUAUGUGUUCCAUGGUGCUGACAAGUAUGGAACCACGCCUCUUGACGGCUUUAAGAAGAUCCUCGCCAAUUCCAGCGUUCAGAUCAACUAUGCAAAAGGCUGUGAAUUAUGGUCUGCUGAUCAAUCUGGCUUCCCAGAGGCAAUUGCAGCGGCUAAGAAGUCUGAUGUGGCCGUCGUUGUUGUCGGGACAUGGUCAAGAGAUCAGACGGAGCUUUGGCAAGGUCUCAAUGCCACAACUGGCGAGCACGUCGAUGUCGCUUCGCUGGAUCUUGUCGGGGCUCAGCUCCCACUUGUCAAGGCGAUCAAAGCAACAGGCAAGCCAACAGUUGUGGUAUUUGUAUCUGGAAAGCCGGUUUCAGAACCAUGGAUUGCUCAACAUGCGGAUGCGGUUAUCUUCCAAGGCUACCCGGGAGAACUAGGUGGCGUGGCCCUAGCUGAGAUCAUAUAUGGAAUUCAGAACCCGAGCGGCAAGACCUCUGUGUCAUGGCCGAGGUCCGUCGGAACCUUGCCCGCAUUCUACAACUACCUCAAGGGCUCACGGCCAUGGGGAGAUUCCGGUUAUAUUGACGACGACGGCACUAUCCACCUCGGUCACGCAUAUGUUCUCGACUCGCCCGUUCCCCUCUGGGCGUUUGGCCACGGAUUGAGCUACACGACAUUUGAAUACUCGGGGCUCACCUUAGCAUCGCAAACCCUGUCAGCCCGGCAGCCACUCAAGCUAUCCGUCAAAGUCAAGAACACCGGGACUGUGGCCGGCAAAGAGGUGGUUCAGGUGUACGUUACGGAUGUCGUCAGCUCCGUCGUCACCCCUGUCCGCCAGCUCGUCGGCUUCGAGAAGGUCUCGAUUGCUCCUGGUGCGACGGUCAAGGUCGAUUUUAAUAUUCCCGCCACGGAAUUUGGUCUGUGGUCUAUGGACAACAAAUGGGUCGUCGAACCUGGUCUAUUCACCGUUACGAUUGGUCCAAGUGACCAAGUAUAUGCCAAUUCGACCUUUACUGUCAUGUCGUGA